GGAACCAGCAGAGUUGGAUGAUGAUGUGAGGACCCUAAGGGCGGUCUUGCUAGGUGUAGUAGAGAUGCAAGAUCACCAAACGGCGAUCUUACAGGACAUCCAGCAGAGUCUGGCCGUGUUGGUCGGGCGAGCGCAGGCGGCGCCAUCACUGUCCGGGCCCGGUGUCUGGCCCAUUGUAAAUCCUCCUCCUUUUGUCCCACCGAUGACUGGGGUAUCCUCAUAUGUCUCCCCACCAUCGGUCCAAACCGUUUCCCUGGGUGUGUCGUUAGCAGAAGGGUUCUCAGCAGGUCCUAGUGUACAGAUUCCUGUACAGACAGUGUUUUCCCAACCUCCGUCGCAAGUUGCCGUAAGCGAGCAGCCUUCUGUCUCACAGCCUGCACAGUCGCAAGGUACACAGCCCCAGCAGCAGAUUGCGCAGCAGCCUGCUCCUCAGGAUCCACAGCCCGGAAUGGUGCAGGUACCGGGACAAAGUCAGUGGGUUCCGAAGACGGCCAUCGCCGCUCCUAAACCCUUUACAGGGGACAAGAGGAGCGAAGAUCUCGACACUUGGUUGAGGUCAGUGCCAGUCUACGUCGAAGUGAUUGUGGCUGCCUCCUAUCUAGAGGGGAGUGCAGCAACAUGGUUGAGUGGUUUGGUGCAGUUGCAGGGAUACGGUCACUUCCGCGCUUGGGCAGUCAACCAGAAAUUGGACGACUUCCUCAAGAUGGUGGAAGACAGGUGGCAUGAUCCUCAGGAGGCUCAAAAGGUCACUGAUGCAAUCCUGACUCAUAACAGGCAGUUUAAGUCAGUAAGAGAGGCCACAGACGCAGUAGAGCGUCUGAUCUGUAUCCUUGGGGUGCGCUAUGACCCCCAGGUUCUACUCACCUCCUACCUGAGAUGCAUUCCCAGGCCUCUCAUGAAUCAACUGGCAGGUGAGGCCAACAUCAACAUGCACAACUUCCUGUCGUUUAGCAAGAAGGCCCUAGACCUUGAAGUAAAGAUAGGGCAUGGUCAAACACCCACGACGGAUGGUAGGAAGAAGCCACUGCCUCCCAACUGGAGGGCGAAGGGACGCAUCAUGUUCGUCGAUGGAUCUACCAUCGAGUUGGAUGACGACUUCCAGGCGGGAGUGGGUUCAGAGGCAGGCAACGUAGAGGCUUCAGGGGGUGGAGUAGUCGCUGCCUCAGUACAAAAAAGGUACGGUCUGUACGAGUUCGUGGUGAUGCCUUUCGGGCUUUGCAAUGCUCCUGGCACCUUUCAGCACGCUAUGAAUCAGAUCUUUCAUGACUACUUGGAUAAGUUUGUCAUCGUGUACCUCGAUGACAUACUUAUUUUUAGUAGGACUGUUGAGGAGCACGUUGCGCACUUUGAUAAAGUCCUCAAUCUCCUUCGGCAGCACAAGUUCAAGAUCAAUGGGGAGAAAUGCAAGUUUGGUCGCACCCAGAUCUUGUACUUGGGUCAUGAGAUUUCCAUGGAGGGAUUGAAACCCGAUGACGCGAAGGUGGCCAGCAUUCGUGACUGGCCGCGUCCUCAGUCUGUGACUGAGAUGAGUUCUUUCGUAGGGAUGACCGGCUGCUACCGUAACUUUGUAAAGAACUAUAGCAUAGUGGCCACUCCUUUGACUGACCUGCCCCGCCUUGACACCCCAUGGGAGUGGACAGAUAGGUGCGAGGUUGCUUUCAGACAUCUGAAGCAUGCGUUGACACAUCAUGAGGUCUUGAAACUUCCUGAUCCUGACAAGCCGUUCAUAGUAACCACGGAUGCCAGCCAAUAUGGAAUUGGUGUCGUGCUAGCGCAGCAGGAGGGGCCAAAGUUGAGGCCAGUGGAGUACAUGUCCAAAAAGAUGCCCUCUCAGAAGUUGGCUAAGUCCACCUAUGAGAAGGAGUUGUACGCGAUCUAUAAACUUGGGAGGUUCUUCAUCGUCGGGACUGAUCAUCAGACCCUGAAGUGGAUGAGAACUCAGCCUGUGCUCUCCGAUGCGCUGAAACGAUGGAUCAAAGUCAUUGAGCAGUAUGACUUCGAGCCCCAGUACCUCAAAGAUGAGUACAACAAAGUUGUUGACACGCUGUCGCGUAGGCCAGACUUCUCCGGUGCGCAGAUCACUGAGUUUGGGCUUGCGGACGAUGUCACUCGCUCUUUGGUGGAAGCCUAUCGCGAGGACCAGUUCAUGUUCGAGAUCAUAUGCAGGCUCGAGGCGAAGGACAAGGUGACUUCUGCAGAGUUUCAGUUGGUCAACGGCUUGCUGUUCCUUGAGAAGGCCGGGAAUAAAUCAGAUGAGAACGAGAAACCAUUAUUCCAAAAGCUUUAUGAUGAUGUCGUGCAGAGGGAAAGGGAGGCAGAGGCAGCAGCCAGAGCCACAAGCAUAGCUGCUCAGGUGGCCCUCCUUCAGGUCCCGGAAGCCAAUGCUGACCGGUUCCAGGAGAGGCUAGCUGCUGCCGUAGCAGCCUUGGUUAGACUACGGAACUUAGAAGACCUUGAGUCCCCUGUAACAGCACUGGAACAGCGGAACCAAGAGCUGCAGGCUGAGGUAAUCAGCCUCAAACAAUCUCAACUGUCUGCCCCUCGCCCUCCUAAUCAUCGACCUGCUGCAGUCCCAGUCUCUCAGUCUAACACAGUCCUCAUGGCAAGAGCAAGUGGAACUGUGACAAGCGCAGGAACAGGUGUCAGCUCCUCAUGCGGCAGCGCUGGCAGUUCUGCACUAGUCAUAGUCCCAAAUGCAGGGACAUCAGCCCAAAACGCCACAGUCCUUACUGGCGUUCAGUACAGCGGUCUCGUAGUGGACAAGCAGGCGGCCACCUUGCAGUCCAAGUACGACGGGAAAGCGGAUAUCACCUCUUGGAUUAGUUCCAUGCGUUCAUACUUUGAGGUCAUGCGGACACCGCAAGAAGACCGAAGCAUGAUCAUGGGCACUAAUACUGAGCCCGCUGUACGGAAUCACAUUGAGCUUCAAGCUGUUGCUGCAGGUUAUGAAAGAAUUGACCUGACAGAGUGGCUGAAGAUAACCCCUGUGCGCGCCCUUGAGGACCUUCUCAUCACACGGUACCAAGAUAAGCAUGCUGCGCUCAAGGCUAGGCUGAAGCUUGAGGCCCUCAAGGGCCAAACAUGGAGGUCCUCCAUGCAGGCUUUGGAACAGCACUUGACUGGUUUGUUCACCACUCCAGACCUGGGUAUGACCGACGUGUCUUGUACGGAUGUAGUCAUGGGAGUGGCCCCUAAAGAAUACCUCUCCCUGCUAGGACUCAAAGACCAUACUACUUGGCGAGAGCUCAUGACGGAUCUAGUCAACCUAGAGGCCAAGGACCUCGCCAGGCGUAAGAAGGCGCCCGAUGCAGGUGGAAAACCACAACGCAAGCGGUAUGGAAGCAGCAACCAGCUUGCACUGCAUGAACAUCGGGAGGCUGAAGAUCAGCCCUACGCGGAUGAUCUGUCUCUAGAUGAUGAUCUGGAGCCGGACUCCGAUAUGGGCUGUUCCAAAUCAGCCAUUGAGUCUAACUCUAAUUUUAUUUCUCCUGAUGAGGAUGAUCCUCCACCGGAAGUCCCAACAAACAUUCGCCAGCUAUUAGAUCAAUUCCCUGAAGUUUUGGCCGAACCUCGUGGAGUUCCCGAGCGUCCGGGCAAACAUAAGAUCGAGAUAAUAGAAGGGAGUGUUCCUCCAAAGGGUUGUGUCUACCGUAUGGGACAAGGCGAGUUGGAGGAGUUGAGGAGGCAGAUUGAUGACAUGAUCGACCGUGGAUGGAUUAGGCCUAGUGAGUCUGAGUUCGGUGCACCUGUCCUGUUUGUGCCRAAGAAAGGAGGCAAACUCCGGAUGUGCAUUGACUAUCGUGGCCUAAACCGUAUCACCCGAAAGAACGCGUAUCCYUUGCYUCRYAUAGAUGAUYUGCUAGAUGYKGCAGGUGGGUGCAAGGUCUUCUCCAAGAUCGACCUCAAGUCUGGCUACCACCAGAUUGAAGUUGAUCCGAGUGACCAGCACAAAACUGCAUUCAAAACACGCGAUGGGCUGUACGAAUUCAUCGUUAUGCCCUUCGGUCUUACGAAUGCGCCAGCCACAUUUCAGUGCCUCAUGGACAAGGUACUUCGCCAUCAGCUCAACAGGUUUGUGGUUGUGUACCUUGACGAUAUCAUGAUUUUCAGCAAGUCCAUGGAAGAGCACGUCAAGCACCUUGAGGAGGUCUUGCAAGUCCUCAAGGAGGCACAGUUGCACCUCAACUUAGAGAAAUCUGAGUUUGGAAGGGACAGUGUCAUCUAUCUUGGGCACCGGUUGUCUGCAAACGGCCUUGAGUCGGAGGCAACCAAGGUUGAGGUCAUACGAAACUGGCCUCAACCAGCAAACGUACGCGAACUGCGUUCUUUUCUUAGUUUGGCCUCAUAUUACCGAAAGUUUGUGCCUAAAUUUUAUGUCAUUGCUCACCCACUCUCGAGACUAACAAGUAAGAAUGUUGCUUAUGCGUGGUGUGAGAAAUGUGAGACUGCGUUCCAAGCCUUGAAAGAGGCAUUGGUGAGUCAUCCUGUGCUCCACAUUGCGGAUCCCAACCUCACAUUCGUAGUCACUACGGACACGAGCCAGUUUGGGAUUGGUGCAGUGCUGCAACAAGAUGAUGGUGAUGGUCUGCGUCCGCUCGAGUAUUACAGCAAACGCAUGCCCAGCCACAAGGUAGCUACCUCCACAUACAUGCGUGAGCUCUACGCCGUGCGCGAGGCGCUCGCACAUUGGAAGCACUACCUCUUGGAUCGUCACUUCAAGGUCUACUCAGAUCAUCAGACCUUGCAGUGGAUUCACACACAAACUGAACUCUCUCCUACACUGACCCGCUGGUUGCAUGACAUUGAUGUCUAUAGUUUUGAGUUGAAACACAAGAAAGGCUGUUAUAACCGUGUUGCUGACGCCCUAUCACGCCAUCCUGAGCUUUUGACUUGCCUUGUGGGUUCGUAUGACCUCCGAAGGAAGCCGAAGGAGGAUCUGGUCGAACACACCGCCAAGGAUCCGAACCUUAGUCCCAUCCUUGAGCAGGUCAAGGCUGACCCUAACAGUCAGCCUGAUUUUCAUGCAUGCGAGGGUCUUGUAUUUCGCCGGUAUGGGAAGUUUGAUCGCUUGUGUGUACCCAACCAUGCGCCUCUCCGAACUCAUUUCUUGGAUUUGGCACAUGGUCGGAGUGGACAUUUCGGCUUUGAGAAGACUUAUGGGAGUCUUCUGCGACAGUUUGAUUGGCCAGGGAUGAAAGGAUCUGCUCAUAAAUUUAUUGUUGAAUGUCAAGUAUGUCAAAGAAUCAAAGUCCACAGGCAUAAGCCUUAUGGCUUGCUGAGACCCCUCCCCAUUCCUGAUGGACCCGGUGAGUCGAUUUCCAUCGACUUCACGGACAUGGGACAGGUGAGUGAGGCAGGGAAUUCACAAGUCAUGGUCAUCGUGGACCGUUUCUCCAAAUUUCUGAACUUGAUUCCUUUCCCUCCCCAUGCCCCAACCGAGCUUGUCAUCGAAGAGUUCCAUCAGCAGUAUAUUCUGCAGUUUGGCCAACCGAAAACCAUUGUGAGUGAUCGGGACACCCGAUUCAUUAGUAAAGAUUGGAAGGACUUCACUUCUCAGAUCUACGACAUUAAACUCAACAAGACUUCUAGUCGACACCCCGAAGCCAAUGGACUGGCUGAGGAGAUCAACCAGACUGUCAUCCAACUACUUCGCGCAUUGAUUGUGCCAGAUCAGAACACGUGGGACAAGGAGUUGCACAAAGUAAAGGGACUGUACAACAAUUUCAUUCACUCCGCAACUGGUGUGACACCAAACCAGUUGCAAUACGGAUGGCCGAUGCGUAAUCCCCUCUCCUAUCUGUACCCCGAACGGUCACCUGGUCUGAUGCCCGGCAUGCCUGGCUACAAUGCCAAGUACGCACGCUUGCUUAAAGUUGUUAUCGCAGCCAUGAACAAGCGUCAGCAUGCCAUGAUCAAACAUGCUAACAAGUUGCGCAAGGAAGCAAACUUCAAAGUAGGGGAUUACGUUUGGGUCAAAAUGUCUGAGUUUUCUGAUGAAGAGGGCGUCUCACGAAAGCUUCUUCCAUUGUACUAUGGCCCUUGGCAGAUUCUGAAGGUGAUUGGGGAUGAUUUUGGUCCUUCAUAUGUGAUUGACGUGCCUCCUCAUCUGCGCACGUAUCCGGUCUUUCAUGCAUCCAAACUGUUCCCACACGUUGAUGAUGAGACUUUUCCCUUCCGAGACCCUAUGAUACCUCGCUCUAUUGACGGCGGCCAUGAGAUAGACAGAAUCGUUUCUCACGAGGGAAGAGGGAGGAACAGACAGUACAAGGUUCACUUCCUCUAUCACCCGUUGACUGAAUUCUUCUGGAUCGACCGAAAAGAGCUGCUAAAGAGUGCUCCCCGUGUUGUGAACGCUUAUGAACGACAGACCGCUGAGGGACAGACUGCUAAAUUUGUUGCAGAAAUGACUCCUCACGGACUUACUAAUUCUCUCUUUCUGAUUUACUACUACGAUGCAUUCUGUGCCAACUCUGAAUGAGUUACUCGCUCGAAGGGACCUUGCUCUUGAGAGGGGGGUAGUGUAAUGACCCGCCAAAAACACAGACUGAGAACACUGCUGAUUUAUGGGAUUUGCCGCUUGAAUGAAUGCCUUGCUGAAAU